AUGCCUAACAAAGUAGAGCUCUACGUCUAUGAUCUCAGCAAUGGUCUGGCGCGACAAAUGUCUCUCCAACUUACGGGGAGGCAGAUUGACGGCAUCUGGCACACAUCUCUGGUAAUCUUUGGAAAGGAGCAUUUCUACGGCCAAGGAAUCUGUGUAACAGCACCGGGACAGUCACAUCAUGGAAGACCUCUGCAGAUUAUAGACAUUGGAGAGACAGAGAUAGACGAGGCGACUUGGCAGGAAUACCUCAAUGAGAUGCGAAGUCUCUACACGGCCGACAAGUAUCACCUUCUAGAUUUCAACUGUAAUUCAUUCACGAAUGACUGCGUCGGAUUCCUCACCGGGAAUUCUGUACCCGAGUGGAUCAAGGAUUUGCCAUCCGACUUUCUGUCAACACCCUUCGGCGCAGCUUUGCGUCCUACCAUCGAUGCCAUGUUCCGCCGCCCCACUCCUGGCGUGGUGGCUACACCACCGACGUUGCAGUCCUCUCCAGUUGCUACGUCCGCGCCGAUUUCCGCGUCUCCAGAUCCUGCCUUGACUGCCUCUCUCCUUCAGGCCGUUGCCAGCCAAGCACUCUCUCAGACCAUGUCUUCCGCCAUCCCCGCUCCCGCACAGGCGACUUCCACGCUCACGGCACCGGUACACAUGUGUUCCAAUCCAUCGUCGAUGCACUCCCUUCUCCGGUCGCAUCGUGCUGUAGUGGCGUUCUUCACCUCGAAGACUUGUCCGCCCUGUCGCAUGAUUGAACCAGUCUGGGAUGAGGUUGCUCGCGAGAAGACCCACGGAAAUGGAAACGCGUCAGGGACCGCGUUUGCCAAGGUCGACAUGGGCGUGGGCCUUGGUGGACAGGUCGGCGCCGAAUGGGGAGUGAGAGUUACUCCAACGUUUCUGUUCUUCCUAGAUGGCAAGAAGUUCCACGAGCUUAAAGGCGCAAAUGCGCCUGAGCUGCGGACGCAGGUUAAUCUUCUGCUCUUCGAAGCCUUCCCCCCCCACAAACAUACCUCCCUUUCACUCCCCUCAGUCGAGGCGUUAUCCACAAGUCCCAUCUUAUUCACGCAAGUUCCUACCCUAGAUAGUGUCUUCGCGAAGCUUUCCUCGUUCCUUGAUGCUUCGAGUCCAUCUCAUACACAAGCGGCUAAAGACACGCUCUCUACCUCCCUUCUCCCUUAUCUGAAGGCACGCUUCCCAACCGCCAGCGGCUCAGCAAAGAAGCCGGCAAUUCCUCCCGCAACUCCACAGCAGGUGUCCCGCUGGGCAGAGGCAACGCGCGUCAUUGCGAGCGCGCUCUCGCCAGCACAGCUCUUUCCCCUUGUAGACAUGUGGCGUCUGGCAGUGCUUGACGAGACUGUCGGGUCGUGGUGCGCCACUGCUGCGCCUACGGUGAACCCCGUCCACAUUUUCCUCGGGCAUGCCAUUCGAGCUCUCGACGAAGCGCAGGCAAACGCGCGUAACUACGUCCUCGUUUUUCUGCGGAUGCUCGCCAACGCGUUUGUGAGUACUACCCUGGCUCGUACUGUGCUCUCGACGGGCAACCUUGGGAAUCGCGCACCGACUACGAAGGUCCUUGUCUCAAGCCUGUUACACGGGGAUGCCGCAGUGCGCACUGCUGCUGCGAGCGUGGCGUUCAACGUUGCAGCUUUUUUGCAGAAGGGCAGGGUGAACUCACUGAGAGGUGCGAAUAUCGCCGCCACGGGAAAUGCUGAGGAAGACGGGGAAUGGGAGGUGGAACUGGUAAGUGCCGUGCUCGAGGCGCUUUCGAACGAGGUGCAGAGGGAGGAAGUUGUCCAUCGCCUGACUGCGGCGGUCGCAUUCCUGCUGCGGCUCUCGCCUGUAUAUGACACACAGUUGGUUCCCUUCCUUGAGGUCCUCCAAGCACGCGAUACCCUGAAGAGCAAGCUUGUGAAGGGCGGGUGUGGACCGGAGGGUGUGCAGAAGAAGGAUGUUAGAAAGUGCAGACCGGAUUAUGCUUUUGUUCUAUUCGAACGUGAAGGCCAUUGA